AUGGCUGAAGACAGAUCAGCAACCUGGACUACCACAGUCAUUAUGAGCACAUCUUUACAGGGUCAUGAAGUAGCCAUAGUCUUACAAAACCAACGUCACAAAGUGCGUUUUUCAGAUUCUGUGGAAAUUGGAUCCAUUAUUUUUCCUCUAUCAGGUAUUGCUUUCUUAUUUGCUUAUGCGCAUGAGCUUUGUGCAACAUCUGGACAAAUUUUCAUUGGCAGAGUUGAGAAAUUCAUAUCGGUUCAUCGAAAUUGUUUCCUUGUGAUAGCAGCUGCUCUCCAUGGUCCAAUCGAAUGGAACUUAAUGUUCAAUAUACAGCAGAGGUUUCUUGGAAGUAGUUUACGUAUUAUUCCUGUUCAUAAUAGCGCUGAUAUUGUUAAAAUCAUGUUAACCAUAGCCAAGGCAACCUGUAAACCAUUCAAUGAGAGCAUCCGUGACCGACUUUUAAUAGCAAAAACACAGAUUGUUGAAAACAGCACUGUCUGGAAAGUACUUGAUCAGAUUUAAACACAACUUUUUUUUUUUCUUGUGCAUGAUUAUAUAUUAAUUUGUGUUGCAGAUUUAUAAUUUCUUGUUCCUGCUUUAGAAAAGGGGUCAUAUAGCUUGAUUUCUUUGUUGUGCUUUACAAAAUUAAUAAAAGACAGAUUGUUGUAAA